UGAGCGGCUGGUGACUGUUAGCAAAGGCUGCUGGGGGGUGGGUGUGAAGUUAUGCGAAGUGCGAAAAACGGCCUGUUAUGAGCUAAUAGAACCGUCGCAGUCGACAAGUCACAGCUGGUAAUGGGCGAAACGUCAUCCGAAUGACGGUGCUACUGCCAAAAAUUGACUGACACGCCUGGGAACCCCCUUCGCUAGCUGAUUUGCCUCGUAACAUGGACGGCAAGCAAGUGUGGCAGGGCAAAGCACUGUAUGACUUUGCGCCACAGGCACCUGGUGAAAUUAGUAUUUGGGCAGAUGAAACAGUCACUAUCAUUAACAAGGAUGUCGGGGAAGGCUGGUGCGAAGGUAUCAACAGCCGAGGCGAGACUGGGUUGUUCCCCGAGGACUAUGUUGAGAUUCUCCCAGCCGGCCCCCCGCCACCGUCAGUGCCACCACCACCUCUGCCGCCCAAGUAUGAGGCAGGCCAGUCAGCCGUGUCCACCACCGCGACCACAGCACCUUCGUCUGUGCAGUACGAUAACGGCGAUGACUGGGACGAUGACUGGGACGACGACGACUCAAACCAGGGAGCGCAGGACAUGCAGCAACCUCCGCAGCUGUCUGGGCCAUGCAACUAUGGCUUGUUCCCACCUAACCGCUCAUCAAUACAGGAGGCUGGCAGCAAAGGAGAUGCCGCAUCCAAGGGUGGCACGGUCAAGCGCUUCAAUCGGUUUUCAAAUUUUGUUAAAUCGGGAGGAGAAUCGUGGCUCCUAGGACUGAUCAAGCCCGUUGUGCCAAGCGACGAGCAGAUCCAAAUUGUGGAGUGUGAUGGGACACUCAGCUGGGGCAUCACCAUGGACCCAUACCAAUGCGAAGUGUCCUCCCCAAAGAAGGAAAGCAAGUUCAAGGGGUUCAAGAACUACAUUGCCUACCAGCUGACACCAUCGUUCAACCAGAUGCCAGUGAGCCGCCGCUACAAGCACUUUGACUGGCUUCAUGAGCGGUUGCAGGAGAAGUUCUCCCUUAUUCCAGUGCCCCCGCUGCCCGACAAGCAGAUCUCAGGCCGCUACCAGGAUGACUUUAUUGAGCACCGGAUGGCGAAGCUGCAGUUGUGGGUCAAUAGAAUAUGCCAGCACCCUGUCAUGUCACAGAGCUCGGUCUGGAUGCACUUCCUCACAUGCCGCGACGAGAAGAAAUGGAAAAUGGGCAAGCGGAAAGCCGAAAAGGACGAACUCAUGGGGACUAAUCUGUUCGCAGCCUUCCAGGUGCCACAAGUCAGCCUAGACCCACUCGCCGUUGAAACCAAGGUAGACACCUUUGGCAAACUCGCGCAGAAGAUGGAUGAUGGUGUCAACCACUUGUACAAAACCUCUCAGGACCAGAUCAAAAAGUGCUCAAAACAUUACAAGUACGAAUGUGAGAAGAUUGCCAGUUCUUUGAAGGAGUUGGCAAGUGCAUUUGACCUGGAAAAAUCGCUGCCUGCAGCUCAGCUGACGGAGGCCCUCAAGCACACGGAGGAGACUUACAAGCACAUCGGUUUCAUGUACGAGUCCAAGCUCCAGCACUACUGGGAGUCCCUUGGAGAUGUCCUGUUCAUGUACAAGGGUGUCCUCGCCGUCUGGCCAGACAUCGUCAGCUUCCAUAAGUCGUUCCUGAGCAAGCACAAGGAGUAUCAAAAGAUGCGCGACGAGGUGAAGCUGUCACAAGAGGACCUCGAAGGGAUCCGGCAGCGCAUGGAUGUUGUCUCAUAUGCCGUGAUGGCCGAAGUGAGCCACUUCCAGAGGCAGAAGGUGCAUGACUUCAAUGCUGCCAUGCACGAUUUCCUGGGCGGUCAGAUCAGCUUCUAUGAAGAGAUCGUAAAGAACCUCAAAGAAGCUCAAAGCAGGUACAUUAUGGCACCGCAGUAGUAGUGAGCGAUGCAGUCCAUUAUGCAGCAGUCUUCCUUCGCCAGCCAGCACCGGAUGCGCCUUGCAAAAGCAAUGUGUGCAGGCCCGCAUCUGGCAUCCAAAUUGAGGUACCAUGACCAGUGCUAGCGUAGCCAGCUGUCAAUGGUGUACCUCUGAAGUUGUAACUCUACCCCCUCCCUUGUACAUGUCAGUUUAGCUUUUCAGCAAGACGUGAUAUUGAGAGAGCACUACUUUCAUGGUGGAGGUGUGAAUGCCUUUGCUGCCAGUGUCUAAAGACUGAUUCCUUGCGUGUGUGCCACAACCACUGUGGCUGUCCUCAAAAUCAAAUCUUUCAAUUUUCAUGGAUGUGAGCACAUUGACCGUAUGUCUGUGCAGCUUUUUGUUUUUUUACCUGCAUCGUUGAGAUAUUCACAGGAAAAUUGUGUGUAUCACACGCUGCCCGUGUGCAUCUGUGAGAAAAAACAUAUUAGCUAUGUUGUCAAUCAAGGGGGCUUGAUGGUUGUUUUUAAGCUGUUUUCCACUGAGAUGUUUAGAUCUAGCCACACUUUUAUAAGGGCGUUUUUUGAGAUAUUUGUCCAGUUAGGCUUGUCCCUAACAAAGCUGUUUUAUUAAGCCUAUGUGGCUGCAAAUAACAGGUUAGUUGCAUAAUCUAAGUGCAACCUGUCUGUCUGAGAGUAGUUUUAUACGACUUGUAGCUCUUGUGUGACAUGGUACAUAGCUGGAUGCUUGACACAGAGUGCUAGAGCAUGCCUGUUGCACAUUUGAGAUGAUAGGAAGCAGAUGUAUCUUUCUUCUGUUGAGUACCACAAGACUGUAUCCUUCUACACAUUCUGUAUUGCUCUGCUAGUUAUAAACAUUGUUUUGAAAUAAAAGAAAUGUUUGUGCACAAAGUA